CGACGGCGACAAACAUUCAGCGGCGACGCGAUCGGACGAGGUGGCGGUCGCCGGGUUCGCUGCCCUUCUUAUUUUUGUUGUUUGGUAGAAAAAUAAGAAAAAAAUCCAUUGAAAAAUUGUGUUUGUUAGUGCAGCGAGACGCCAGAGAUGCCCUCGGACGUGGAGGAAACGGAGUACAGAGAGGAGGAGGAGGAGCAAGGGGAAGGGGAGGAAGAAGAACAAGAUCAAGGUGAUUCAAAUGAAGAAGAACAAGAUGAAGAGUGGGGUGGAGGAAAGCGGAAACGAAAGAAAAGUAAAAAGAGAAAAUCGUCACGUGGUGAGCGAGGGCGGAAAAAACGAAAGAAGAAAGAUGAGAGUGAGAGUGAAGGUGAAUAUGAAGAAGAGGGUGGUCGUGUUGACUCAGACAAUCAAGAAGAGACCCCGAAAGGAAGGGGGCGUGGAAAGGGACGUGGGAGACCUCCUGCAACUCCCACAGCAACAGUACCAGAAUCAAGUGGAGGAGAUCAGAUGCCAACUGUUGCUGAGGUGUGUGAAAGCUUUGGUCUGAAUGAUGUCGAAUUGGAGUACACUGAUUCAGACUUUCAGAAUUUGACAACAUACAAGUUGUUCCAGCAACAUGUGCGUCCACUUCUGGCUAAGGAAAAUCCAAGGGUACCAGUGUCAAAGUUGAUGAUGUUGGUAGCUGCAAAGUGGCGUGAAUUCACGGCUCGCAAUCAGCAGCAGGAAGAGGAGGAGGAAGAUGAAAUUGUAGAAGAGGAGGAAGAAGAGGAACCAGAACCAGCACCGGUACAAAUAACACCCAAGGGUCGAGGACGCCCUAGAAAAGCCAAGGUAGAUGAAGAAGUUGAGGAAGAUUUUGAUGAUGAUAGUGAGGGCGUGGGUAAGAAGAAACGUGGCCGAAAACGCACUGCUACAGCUGAAGGAAAAAACAAAAAGGGUGGAAAAGUUCCAACUUUGAAGAUUAAGUUAGGGAAGAGGAAGAAGGACACCUCGGUGAGUCUGGAGGAUGAGUCAAGCCAAGACAGUGAUGCAGAGUUUGAGCAAAUGUUAGCUGAGGCAGAGGACAUGAAUAAGGCUGAAGAUGAGGCAGAACAGCAAAAUGCGCCCAAAAAGAAAGCCAAAACCAAGAUUGGCAACAAAAAUAAGCGUAAAAAACGUAUGAAGGCAAAGGAUGAGGAUGGAUAUGAAACAGAUCAUCAAUCUCCCCCAAAUCAGGAUUACUGCGAGGUAUGUCAGCAGGGUGGUGAGAUCAUCCUUUGUGACACUUGUCCUAAGGCUUACCAUCUGGUGUGUCUUGAACCAGAAUUGGAAGAGGCUCCUGAGGGCAAGUGGUCAUGCCCCACUUGUGAGUCAGAGGGAGUCAAGGAAGAAGAUGAACAUAUGGAGUACUGUAAAGUUUGUAAGGAUGGUGGUGAACUUCUUUGCUGUGAUUCAUGUGUGAAUGCCUACCAUACAUAUUGUUUGUCACCACCUUUGUUUGAAGUACCUGAAGGAGAAUGGACCUGUCAGCGCUGUGCUUGUGAACCUUUGCCAGGAAAAGUCCAGAAGAUCCUAUUCUGGAGAUAUGUUGACCCUCCAAAGCCACCAGAGAAUUGGAAGGAGAUUGUUGGAGACAAAUGGGAAAAAUAUCAGUUCAAACAGCUGCGAGAGUUUUUGGUGAAGUGGGUUGAUAUGUCAUACUGGCACUGCUCUUGGAUUUCUGAACUCAUGUUGGAUGUACAUCAUCCUCAGAUGUUGCGCUCAUACUUCAAAAAGUUUGAUCCAGAUGAGCCACCUGUACCUGGUAUGGAUGACGACGAUGAAGUAGGGUCACAAAGACGUGGCAAAAGCAUUGAUCCAAACUCCUUGGAAGAAAGAUAUUACAAAUAUGGAAUCAAGUCCACCUGGUUGAAAAUCCAUCGUGUGUUGAACCAUCGUUCUUUGCGGGAUGGAACCAUACAGUAUCUUGUGAAAUGGCGAGACUUACCCUAUGACCAAGCUACAUGGGAAGAUGAGGAUGAAGAGAUUAUUGGCUUAAAAACUGCAAUUGAGUUUUAUCAUGAUCUGAGAGCAGCAUGUAAUGCUGAUGCUGUUGGUAAGAGUAAGAAAGGAAAGAAGAAAGGCAAGGCAAGGGCACGAGAAUUGGGAGAGGAAGAUCGUGAGCCUUCUUCACCCCGGCGAUACACUCCUCCACCUGAUAAACCAGUAACGAACCUCAGUAAGAAGUGGGAGAAGCAGCCAGACUACCUGGAUAUGACUGGGCUCUCACUUCACGAGUAUCAGCUUGAGGGUGUUAAUUGGUUACGAUAUUCUUGGGGUCAGGGAACAGACACCAUCUUGGCUGAUGAGAUGGGUCUUGGAAAGACAAUUCAGACCAUUGCAUUUUUGUAUUCACUCUACAAAGAAGGACACUCUAAAGGUCCCUUCCUUGUAGCUGUCCCACUCUCCACCAUCAUUAAUUGGGAAAGAGAGUUUGAGAUGUGGGCCCCAGACUUCUAUGUUGUUACAUAUGUAGGUGACAGAGAAUCACGAUCUAUGAUUCGUGAGCAUGAAUUGUCAUUUGAGGAAGGAGCAGUGCGAAGUGCAUCAAAAGCCACACGUAUCCGUACAACAAAUGUAAAAUUCAAUGUACUUCUAACCUCCUAUGAGAUGAUAUCUAUGGAUCAAGCUUGCCUAGGAUCAUUAGAGUGGGCAUGCUUGGUUGUAGAUGAAGCUCACAGAUUGAAGAGUAACCAGUCUAAGUUCUUCCGUGUGCUGAACCAGUACAACAUCGUUUAUCGUCUGCUUUUAACUGGAACCCCACUUCAAAACAACCUGGAGGAACUUUUCCAUUUACUCAACUUCUUGUGUCCUGAAAAAUUCUCUGAUCUAUCAUCCUUCCAAAAUGAAUUUGAAGAUAUUGCAAAAGAAGAUCAGAUUAAAAAACUGCACGAUUUGCUUGGACCUCACAUGUUGAGAAGAUUGAAGACUGAUGUACUCAAGAACAUGCCAACCAAGUCAGAGUUCAUCAUUCGUGUGGAGUUAUCACCACUGCAGAAGAAAUACUACAAAUACAUUCUUACCCGUAAUUUUGAAGCCCUUAACUCAAGAGGAGGAGGCCAACAGGUUUCUUUGCUCAACAUUGUCAUGGAUCUGAAGAAGUGUUGCAACCAUCCAUACCUCUUCCCAGCAGCAGCAGAGGAGGCCCCUAAGCUGCCAAAUGGAAUGUAUGUAAGCAGAGACCUUGUGAAGGCCAGUGGCAAGUUCAUUCUCCUGGAGAGUAUGUUGGAGAAGCUCAAACGUGAUGGCCAUCGUGUGUUGAUUUUCUCCCAGAUGACAAGGAUGUUAGAUGUUUUGGAAGACUUCUGUGAGGGCAUGGGUUACAAAUAUGAAAGAAUUGAUGGUGGCAUCACUGGUCAAGCUCGUCAAGAAGCCAUUGAUAGAUUCAAUGCUCCAGGUGCCCAGCAGUUUAUUUUCUUAUUGUCUACUCGUGCUGGUGGUUUAGGUAUCAACUUGGCCACUGCAGAUACUGUCAUCAUCUAUGAUUCUGAUUGGAAUCCACAUAACGAUAUUCAAGCUUUCUCCAGAGCUCAUCGUAUUGGUCAGGCAAAUAAGGUGAUGAUUUACCGGUUUGUGACUCGUAACUCUGUUGAAGAAAGAGUCACACAGGUUGCUAAGAGAAAGAUGAUGUUGACUCACUUGGUUGUCCGUCCUGGAAUGGGAUCAAAAGCCACAAACUUCUCCAAACAAGAAUUGGAUGAUAUCUUGAGGUUUGGUACAGAAGAACUUUUCAAAGAAGAGGAAGGCAAAGAGGAUGAAGCUAUCCAUUAUGAUAACCAGGCUAUUGAGGAACUCCUUGACCGUACAAAGGAGGGUAUUGAACAGAAGGAGAACUGGGCUAAUGAGUAUCUCAGCUCUUUCAAGGUUGCUUCAUAUGUUACCAAAGAAGGGGAAGAGGAGGAAAUGGAAGAUGUUGAAGUUUUGAAGCAAGAAGCAGAUAAUACAGAUUCCCUUUACUGGGUGAAUCGACUUUUUGAUCAUGCCAUCACUUCAGAAAUUGAAUCAUACUCUAUAAGUUGAUCAGACUACAACUCUGACUUCUCCAUGCCAUCUGACAAUGAUAAUGAUGAUGAAUUUGAUGAAAAGAAUGAAACUGAAGGAGGCCGUAGAUCACGCCGUCGUGGUGACAGAGGUGACCGUGAUCGUCCAUUGCCGCCACUUCUUGCCCGAGUUGGAGGAAAUAUUGAAGUUCUGGGAUUCAAUGCCAGACAACGCAAGGCUUUCCUCAAUGCAGUUAUGCGUUAUGGAAUGCCUCCUCAAGAAGCUUUCAACUCUCAAUGGUUGGUACGAGACCUCCGAGGCAAGAGUGAGAAGUGCUUCAGAGCAUACACAUCUCUCUUCAUGCGCCAUUUGUGUGAGCCUGGUAAUGACAAUGCUGAAACAUUUGCUGAUGGAGUGCCUCGUGAAGGAUUAAGCAGACAACACGUUCUCACCAGAAUUGGAGUGAUGUCACUCAUUCGCAAAAAGAUUUCAGAGUUUGAGACAAUCAAUGGCCAUUACUCAAUGCCAGAAGCUCUAAAUAGGCCUGUUGAGCCAGCAGUAGUAGAUGGUGGCAAGAGCAAUGGUACUUCUGCUUCUGGCACACCAGCAACAAGUGUAACUCCAUCUCCUGCACCAUCUGUGAAGGGAGAAUCAGAAGACAAGGAAGAGGACAAAAAGGAAGAAGCUAAGAAAGAAGAAGACAAGAAGGCCGAAGAUAAAGAAAAGAAGGAUGAAAAGGAGACAGAAAAGGAAGAAGAAAAGAAGGAAGAGAAGGUAGAGAAGAAGGAGGAAGAGAAGACGGAAGGAGAAAAAGAAAAGAAGGAGGAACCUGCUGAAACACCAGAAGUAAAGGCAGAGGAAGAAGAAAAGAAAGAAACAGAACAAACUGAGAAGACUGAGAAGCCUGAAGAGGAGAAGAAAGAGGAGCCAGAGAAGAUGGAAGUAGAAGAGACCAAGAAGGAAGAAGAGAAGAAAGAGGAAGUGAAAAUGGAAACUGAAGAAAAAGAACAGAAGGAAGGAGAACAAAAGACUGAAGAAAAGGAAGAGGCUGAGGUCAAGACUGAAAAGGUUGAAAAGACAGAGGAUGAUAAGGAGACUGAAAAGAAGGAAGAAGUCAAGAAAGAAGAGGAAGAGAAGGAGGAGGAGAAAGACAAAGAGAAAGAAAAGGAGAAGGAAGGAGAUAAAGACAAAGAAAAGGACAAAGAUAAGAAGGAGGAGGAUGAUAAGAAGGAUUCCAAGAAGAAGGAUGUGGAUUCCGUGGCAAAGAGAAAGUUCAUGUUCAAUAUUGCUGACGGUGGAUUCACUGAGCUGCACACACUGUGGCAAAAUGAGGAGAAGGCAGCUGUUCCUGGCCGCGAGUAUGAGAUUUGGCACCGCAGGCAUGAUUAUUGGCUGCUUGCUGGCAUUGUUACCCAUGGGUAUGGAAGGUGGCAAGACAUCCAGAAUGAUGUCAGGUUUGCCAUCAUCAAUGAGCCAUUCAAGAUGGAUGUGGGCAAGGGUAAUUUCUUGGAAAUUAAAAACAAAUUCCUUGCCAGAAGGUUCAAGCUGUUAGAGCAAGCACUGGUCAUUGAGGAACAGCUGCGUCGUGCAGCAUUCCUUAACUUACAACAGGAUCCCCAUCAUCCUGCUUGCACCUUGAAUGCUCGUUUCGCUGAAGUGGAAUGUCUGGCCGAAUCACACCAGCACCUCAGCAAGGAGUCCCUGGCUGGAAAUAAGCCAGCUAAUGCAGUGCUAAAUAAGGUGCUGAACCAGCUUGAGGAGCUGCUGUCAGACAUGAAAUCUGAUGUCACACGGUUACCUGCUUCCCUUGCCCGUAUUCCCCCUGUGGCCCAGCGUCUCCAAAUGUCUGAGCGUUCUAUCCUAUCUCGCCUGGCCUCAGGCGCGGGUAAUGUGGACAAAAGCGCUCAAGGAGCAGGUCAAAUUUCUACCACAUUCCCUGGUGGCUUCACUCCUACUGGUGCGCUGCCAACCCUGGGUAACGCCAACUUUGCUAACUUCCGACCCCAAUAUUCACUACCGGGAGCUGCUACAGGACCAGGUGUGCCAUCUGUGCAGGUGAGCAGCCUCCAGAGCCUGGGUGCAAGCCUUCACAUGCUUGCUGCCUCCAACCCUCUCCUGGACCCACACUUGAGCAUGCAGCAGCCCCCGACCUCCCAUAGUGGGGCAAUAUCUGCUGCCACUCGAGCAUCUCUUCUUCUUCACCAACAGCAACAGCAGCAACUCCAGCAGCAUUCAGGAGAUACAAAAAAUCUGAUAUACUUGGAUUAGAACCAAACAUGGGAUCGAUGACUUGUACCACAACCAGAUUUUAUUUUUAUUUGACUUAUAUUUUGUUUUAUUUAUUUAUUUUGACCCUCCACCUAGAAAUGUGCAGUCAGUUUAGUCAUUCCGAGAGAUUUAGGCAGAUUUAUUUGAAUUUAUGUAAUCUCAUUGAUGUAUAAGAUACCUGUGGUAGAUUUCCUAAGUGAUCUCAAAGGUCUUUGUAUCCACAAGAUCUAGUUCUUACUUUAAAGGCUUAAUGUAAGAUUUUUAUGUAAUGUCAACUAAAUGGUAACAUAAAAUACCAUUAGAA